AUGGCUUCCGACGGCGAAGGAGUAUGCAUGCGCUGCAAGACGAUCCCUCUAACCGAGGAAUCUCUCACUUGCCUCACGUGCCUCACGUGCGGUACUCCUUGGCACGUGCCCUGCCUUACAUCCCCUCCUGCGUCCCUCGCUUCCACUCUACAGUGGGAAUGCCCAGAUUGCUCCGGCGAUUUCGAUGAUCUCCCCGUUCCCGGAGAUGGCGUCAGAUAA